GAAAAGGAAGUCAGAAAGAAGAUGUGGAUUUUUAGCUCUCCCGUCGAAUUUGACGGAGUGCAUCGUUUCUUGAAACUUUCCAAAGAUAUACUACUAAUAGAGGAGGCAGAAGAUGCUCGAGGACUAACUAAUCGGUGUGUUGGGCAGGUGCUAACGAGUGAAAUCAUCGCAGUCCUGCCAGUGAAAACAGAAGUAAGCUAUGUGGAGCAUUCAAAGCACAAUGCAUAUGAGCUGAAACCCAUCAACUGUGGCAUUGUGACGUUCACUUGUCACGUUGUUAAGCGGAUCAGCAAUCAUAGGUGGCGGGACCACCAUUGGUUGUUUCGAUGUGCGGACGCAAGCAUAUGUCAAAAAUGGCAGGAUCGAAUCAAGGCAGUGCUGGCUGGUUUCCAGCGCCCUCAAUCACUCAUAGUUUUCAUCAACCCAUUUGGAGGAAAGCGAAAGGCACCAAAGAUCUACGAGACGAAGGUUGCGCCAUAUUUUCAGCUGGCAGGAAUACGUGCGCGUGUUAUCAUGACAGAGAGAGCAGGACAUGCAUAUGACACCAUCGUUGCCGACCCUGACAUCGACAAACUAGAUGGUAUCGUGUGCGUCGGUGGCGACGGCAUGUAUGCGGAGGUGUUGAAUGGGUUGCUGACCCGGACUCAGCGCAGGCACGGCGUAUCGCAGGACUCCAUGAACACACACCUAGUGUCGCCGGACAUGCGAAUAGGAAUCAUACCUGCAGGUUCUACUGAUGCUGUUGUAUAUGGGACAGUUGGAAUCAACGACGCAAUCACAUCUGCCCUACACAUAGUUAUAGGAGACAAAGUAGCCAUAGACGUCUCCGCCGUGCACCACAACCACAAGCUGCUGGCGUACUGUUCCUCACUGCUUGCUUAUGGUUACUAUGGCGACGCAGUUGUAGACAGUGAGCGCCAUAGGUGGAUGGGACCGAAACGUUACGAUUAUUCAGGGUUCAAGAAAUUUGUGCGGAACAUUAGCUACGAGGGUGAGGUCAGGUUCCUGCCUCACGAGGACACACCUGGCAAGCUAGAUGAUGGAACAAGUUGUCACUCAGGGUGCACAGUGUGUCAGCAGGCAGGAGAUAAAGCACGAAAACUGCGCAGUGAAGAUGUAUCAUUCGAAAAUGGGAACUGGCAGACAAUAUCGGGACGUUUCUUGGCAGUCAACAGCGUCACAAUGUCCUGUCUGUGUCACAUGAGUCCGAACGGACUGUCACCCUUCGCGCACAUUGGUGACGGAUGCACCGAUCUCAUCUUGGUGCACGACACGUCGCGAUUCAAUUACAUGCGCCAUCUAUGGAGGACGGCAACAACUAAAGGUCAUCCACUCAACAUGGGAUUCGUUCAGGCAUUUAGAGUAAAAGCUUACAGCUUUCGCCCCCUGGUGGCAGGCAGCCUAUCUACUCUCAAUUCCACCGGCAAUAACUCGAACAUGGUCUGUCAGGAGGGACCAACAACCAGUGUAUGGAAUUGUGAUGGCGAAAUCAUAAAAGAACCAGCAAUAGACGUCAGGGUUCACUGUCAACUGGUGAAGAUUUUCGGACGUGGGAUUGAGGAGGAAGAUGACAGCUCUUGCACAAUGUCCUGUAACCCUAGGGCAUCUACCAAGUCCCCACCGAUAUAGCCUAGCAUGCUGUGACGAGUGACACAGGGUGAUGUACAGUUAUAUACAGACAGGCAAAUGAGUCCGUGAUUAGGAAAUAGAUGGCGUGUGAUAGAUACUACUUUAACAGCCUACAUUGAUACAACAGGGUACGUAGGCACUUGUCGCACAUACUUUCGUUUUAUGGUCGCGCAGUUUUGUUGUUUGAGGACAGACAGAUGAAGACUUUAAAGUAGGAUAGAUUGUGAUGUGAUAGACACUGCUGUCCGGUGCUUCAUGCUACGAAUAUUGUUUAGAAACUUACUUAGGUGCUGGCAACUUAAGGUUUAAGGUUGGCAUUAUUGCGGGUAUAUGUAUCUAUAGAUGUUCUACGAUGAUAGGCAAACGUUAAUUAAUUAUGGUGUGACAGUAGUGGCCUUUAGUGGGCGGCUAAUGGACCAGUGGUAGUAACUAGCAUUAGUCCCACCAGCACGCAACGUGCAUGACACACCCGUAGAGGUAUUACUUGGAUACCUAGUUCCUCCAUGUACAAACCGGCGUGAAAUAUCGUGUUGCAUAAUCAAUCGACGUUUUUUCUAGACCAUGUUGAUAUUAAUACUGAACAUAUCUUUAGCUGAUUGUACGUACUGUGGGGCCACGUAUUAUUAUUCUAUGUAUCGUAGUGCCCCAAAUGUUCGUGCAUAUUUUAUACUGCCAUUAAAUAAAGCUGCUUCUAGAUGGAGUUGCUACAUAGAUAGCUUCAGAUACGCCAAGUAAAUGUGAUGAAAUCGGAAGAGAUUAACAAAACUAUAGCAGUCACAUGAACUAUGGUUUAGGCCAGUUUCAGUGGGUAUAGAAAAAGGGUAUUUAUCUUACUAUAAAUUGGAGAUUUUCAGAUUAAAUAUAGGUCGUUUUUGUUCAAAUCAACCUUUUAAAAAGUAACUGUAGAGAAAUGGCUACUAAUCUAUGUGAUGUUAUAUCAUAGCAAUUUAAAAAUGCAGUGCCCCUUGUAGUGUGUGUAAGGUGGAGAUCGAGUAUUCUAUUUGUAUGGUGAUCACACUAGCUGUGUGACUGUGCGAGUACUAUGGGGUAGUUUUAUAAAUAUAGUUCGCGUCAAACUGCUAGAAAUCCAUUCCGCUUUUUAUACGAUAUUAUACAAACAAGCGUCUUAUCAGCGUAUAUAAACUAGCUAUCGAGCAUAUUGUUAAGCAUAAUCAAGAGUGGAUAAUAGAUAUUGUAUGUCUAAUGUCUACUCGUCAUAUAUUAUAUAUACCGGUAACGCAUAUGUGUGAGAUUGAGAUUAUUGUGUGUGGAGGUGUACCACGAGUGUGCACUCUUACUUUAUAUCUGUUAUAAUAGUGCAGUAUACAGUUUCCUAUUUCUCAGUAGUGACUUCACUGUCCCACUUCAUUGAAAUUAUCCACGUCAUUCUAGGUUCUAGUCAACAAAUGACAAAGAUUUGUUCGGUUUUAUCUUGCUCAUAUUAGCAGAACAAAAUGUUAGCGAAUAAGUUGUGCAAUAACGUUAACAUUUUUAAAUUAAGGCGGUAUUGUUUUAGACAAUGCGCAAUUAUGGUAGCGUAAUGGAAAGUGAGGCGAGUGACCGUUGUUGCCACGAUAUCAGGUCGGAAUUAUUGCCUAUUAAUGAUCUUUAAGCAAGCGACGGUGUCUAUUGCACUAGCUUGGCACUUAACCACGGUGUUGAUUGACGUCUGAGCAUAUCAGCUGAAAGGUAGACGUGUACAAACCAUAGAUUAUAUGUGAAAUGUGUGAGCAUACUGAAUCUAGCAGAAAACAAGCAUAGCAGGUAUGUAAGGUACGCAGUGACACACGUGUGUGUGAAGAUUAUAUUGGUAUAGAUAGAUGGAAUUUUGUUACGGCACAAGGUGCUGUACAUGUGGUGCCGAGAGAGCGUUGUAUCUCUAGUCGUUACUUUAAGCUUGCUUGCACCUGUUGGCUGCUAUUAGGGUGAGCGGUUACAGAUGUUGAUUUUGACAGCGGUGGAUGUUUAUUUAUGAUCAAUGCAAUCGCACAUAACAGGCCCGUUUUAUUUCGAUUGUUUAAUUUAUGUUUGUAGCGUGCGUGUUUAAAAAUUGCCAUUCUCAACAAGAUCACCCAUAAUUAAUUAUAUUCAUCUAUUUUAGAUGCUAUUGUAUAAAUGAAGCAUAACGUAUGAAUAAAGUAUUCAAAGUAGAA